UUAAUAAACUUUUGGAACACUAAAAGUAAUUAAAUCUUGAAAAAUAAAACAAAUCACCUGAAGCUAAUAAAUAUGGAUAUGUAAGAAAGCAGCGAACAAGAGUUUUAUAAUGAUGAAACACUUUUAGAGGCGUUGACUUGUGAAGAAAUUCUAGAUAAAUACUAAAAAUCUCUCAAGUCAAACUCAAUCAAGCUUAUUCUAAGUCAUUUUAAUGAUUUUAUGCUCUAAGAUGGUGAUUAAAUAGUUAUUGAAUCCCUUAACAGUGAUUCUAAGACUAAAAAAAUCUCUUAGAUUAGAAAAGAAUUUAUCUCCUUUAUGAAAGAUAAAAAAUUCAACUAAAGGACCUUCUUAUCAAUCUUUAAGAGCUAACGCUUUUAAAAGCACUUCUAAUACUAUCUAUCUUACUAUUCCUCUGAUAUUAUCUACCAGAAAAACCAAAAAGAUGCUUUUAGUAAUGCUGUUGUUAUACACUUCUUUAAAAGGUGUUUUUCAAUCCCUAAACUCAUCAACUCCAUGAAACUCUACAAAAAAAACAAAGACAAAUGA